AUCAGGAUAGCCUAUGCAUGGAAUAUUUUUCCUUGUGGUUUAUGGUUUGGCUAAAUCCUUUGCGAAAUAAAUUCGGAUAAUCCCACAUAACUAUUAUUCUGUCAAUAUGCUAGAUUGUUUUCUUGUGCUGUGGAUAGAAAAAUACUAACAGUAAUAGCCACGUAGACAUAAGUGCUCAUUUUUAUACAAUCAAUCGUUAUAAGCAUUCAAUUAUAUCAUCAGGUAUAGCCUACUCAGAUUUAUUAGACAACCGUUUCGCCAAUUACUCGCUGUUUUUCAAGGGUAUUGCAGAGGUGCAUUGCGUGUAAAUGAAUCAUUUUCAUGCACACACACUUUCUGAUCCAACCCUAAGUUUCUAGCCGACAACAGAAGUUCGACCUGAGCUCGGUCACUCGUCGCAACGCUUUCCCACCGCGGCUGCAGUGACCGUCUCAUUCUGUCAACCAUUGCAACACCAGAGCUCUCUGGGAAAGCGAGUCCAUAUUCUAAAUAAUUCAAUACUGUUCUUUUCCCCGUGAACAAGAUGCCGGCCGUCCACAAAAUACUUCUCGAAGACGCUCUGCAGGACAGCCCGCAGACCCGGUCAUUGCUCAGCGUGUAUGAGGAAGAUGCGGGGAAUCUAACAGACUACACGAACCAGCUGCUGCAGUCCAUGCAGAGGGUGUACGGCGCGCAGAACGAGAUGGCGCUGGCCACGGAGCAGCUGUCCAAUCAGCUCCUGGAGUACGAGAAGCAGAACUUCACCCUGGGAAGGGGAGAUGAAGAGGUCAUCAGCACGCUGCAGCACUUCGCAAAAUCUGUGGAGGAGCUGAACGCCCUCCAUGCUGAGCUGACCACACAGAUGGCCAACAGGAUGGUGUUCCCAAUGGUUCAGUUCAGAGAGAAGGACCUCACAGAAGUCGGCACGCUGAAAGAAAUAUUCGGCAUCGCCAGUGACGAGCACGAGGCCUCCAUGGUGAAGUACAGCAGGCUGCCCAAGAAGAGAGAGAACGAGAAGCUGAAGGCGGAGGUGGUGACGGAGGUGGCCUACACCAGGAGGAAGCAGCACCAGGCCUCCCUGCAGUACUACUGCGCCCUCAACGCCCUGCAGUAUCGCAAGAGAGUGGCCAUGCUGGAGCCCAUGCUGGGGUACACACAGGCACAGAUGAACUUCUUCAAGAAAGGCAUGGAUCUGGUUUCAAAGAAAAUGGACAGCUUUCUCGCCUCCGUCUCCAGCAUGUCCCAAAGUAUCCAGGCCCAGCUGGACCAGGAGGCCGAGGCCAUGCGCCUGACCCAGAGGGAACUGCUGUCCGCGGACGACACGGUCUACAUGCCCGACCGCGACCGCGACCCCGCCAACCGCACCCUCAUACAGAGGGCCGGCUACCUCAACAUCAGGAAUAAAACGGGCCUGGUGACCACAGCCUGGGACCGGCUUUACUUCUUCACCCAGGGAGGGAACCUCAUGUGCCAGCCGCGCGGGGCCGUGGCGGGGGGGAUGGUGCUGGACCUGGACAACAGCUCGGUGAUGGCGGUGGAGUGCGAGGACAGGCGAUACUGUUUCCAGAUCACCUCUCCUUCCGGCAAAACGUCGAUAAUUCUUCAAGCAGAAAGCAAGAAAGAAUAUGAAGAGUGGAUAUGCACCCUGAACAACAUCUCCCGGCAGAUCUACCUGACCGACAACCCUGAGGCAGUGGCCAUUAGGCUGAAUCAGACAGCCAUACAGGCGGUCACACCCAUCACCAGCUUCGAGAAGAGACUGGAGGGCUCCCCCCACCCAGACAGGGCCAAGCCCGGCGCGAGGGCCCCCCCCGCAGAGACGGCCCCCAAGCCCCCCUCCUCCCCGCUGCCGGAGGACCUGAUCGCCCCCGGGACCCCCAUCCAGUUCGACAUCGUGCUCCCCGCCUCCGAGUCCCUGGACCAGAGCCGUGCGGGUGGAAGGCGCACAAACCCUUUCGGGGAGACGGACGAGGACUGCUCUUCUGACACAGACGACCGCCUCCUGCAGCAGGUGUUCGGGGUGCGCUUCCUGGGCUCCAUGGCCGUGCGGGCGGGGCACACGCAGGAAGUGAUCUACGAGGCCAUGCGGCAGGUCCUGGCCGCCCGCGCCAUCCACAACAUCUUCCGCACCAGCGAGGCCCAACUCAUGGUCACCAGCACCUGCCUGAGGCUCAUCGACCCCCAGACGCAGGUCGCCAGAGUAACGUUCCGGUUGCGGGACGUCCGGCAGUUCGCCGCCCACCAGGAGAACGGCAGGCUGAUGGGGAUCGUGGUGGAGGGGCGGGACUGGGCCGAGGGGGCGGAGGAAGGGGACCCCGCCUUCAGCGCUUUCGUCUUCGAGAGCAACACCGAGGGGGAGAAGAUAUGCUACACUAUAAGUUUGGGGAAGGAGAUCACAGAAGCAAAGAAGGAUCCUGCGGCCCUGGCUCAGCUGAUGAAAUCCCUGCCUCUGACCAAUGACGGGAAGUUCCUGCUUCUGGACAACGAGGGAGGCGGGGCCGAGAACGGGGCGGGGCCGGAGGAGCUGGAGUCCGAGGCCUAGCCGGACCGGGACUGAGCCGGACUGCUUUGGGGGCUGUUCCUUUUUCUCUCCCCCCCCCCCCCUCCUCCAUUUUGGCUCUCCCUGGCUCCCAAAGAGCCUGUUUCACAGUUUACAUCUUUUGCGGUCAGUAGGGCUUUCAAGGCAAGGGACGGUCUGCUCAAACAUUCAGCUCAGUUUCCAAAGAAGGAAAACACAGGCAGAGCGACACUCCCCGUCCCCGAAUGAGGAAAAGAAUCCUGUUACGUCGUGAUGAGAAACGACGAAGACUCUGGUCACGGCGAGAUCCCCUGUAAACAAAGCGCUUAACUCACAGCAUGGGUGAACUUUCCAUUUCUCUCCAACGGUCCUUCGACCAGAACUGUGGUAAAUGAGGCUGACUGGUAAUCCAAGUGGUGUGAAACCCCCCCCCCCAAAAAAAAUAUAUAUUCCCCCCAGGUUUCUGGUGACCUUACCACUCAUUUAAGUUUUGGCGAUGUCAUGCUUAAGAUUGUCAUCGGAACGCAUACAGUUUUAACCAAGUGGGCGUGGUCUAAAUGUUACAACUCUUCCGCCAGGGAGAGGCUAUGCAAGGGAGAGAGAGAGACUCUGAAUGAAUUGCCUGCUCCGAAACCAGCCCUAACCGGACCCAGCGAAAGCAGCCGCCGUCGAAGCAAGUCACAUUAGAACACGCUCAUCCCUCGUGGUCCAAAGACUCGCGUUUUGUGGCAUUUCCUAGUGAGAUAAAGACCAACCGGCUUCGGCUGUCUCCCUCGUGACCUCGUGUAAAGAGACUUGAGAGCUUUCGCUUGACCUCUUGUACCGAGAGCCGCAGCCAGCCAACCCCCGGACUGCAGAACACGACGACGACCGGCUGACAGAAGGCUCUCUUCUAGAGGACGAUAGUCGAAUGUUCCUCGCGUCCGUUGAUCCGUUUGUCCGUGCGUGCUGGCGUGUGGUACGGUCAGGUGCUCGUGUUUACACUGCAUGUGCUUGGUACCGCUGGUUUCCUUUUCAGUUCGAUACGGGCAGCGCGCUGUCCCAACACGACUGCUGCGUUGGGUUCGCUGGCGUUGGGGAGAGCUCCGAGGUAGGAGAUGCUUCUAGAAUGUGCGCAGGACGGAUGAAGACGUGGAGAUCUCUUUUUUACCUCAGAGUACAGUAGGUCAAAGUCUGUAAAUGAGUAUUGCUUCUAAAGGGCUCUUAUGGAUUUGGGUGUAGGAAACCAUGGGUUUGAAUUUGGUUACUCCACACUUUGGAAUUUACCUAAAGGUGCAGAAAAUAGUUUAGAGGUUUUCCUUUUUUUGUUGUUGUUGUGGUUGUCAGCCAUCUUGUUUUCUCAAAGGCUGUUGUCAAACAGACUUCAGUCUGCAUCCAAUCAGCAUUUGACCUUCAAAUCAAAUUGCAAAUGCACGCGCUACACUUUUUCUUCCCAAAUUCAGUUUGGCGACGCCGUUUCAACCGAUUGCUGACCAUGCAAAAGUUUGUGUUAAGGAGGGAAAUAAUUCUUGCUUAAUUGUCAGUUAAGGACAGAUUUGAACUGAAUCCCAACAUUAGAGAAUGUGAGCGACACGGGGGAGAGGUGGCAUGGAGGCCUGCGCACUCUGAGGGUGUGGCCGGGGCUAAUGUCAAGUGUCAUUGGACAUUUUUUUUCCCCAUGAUUCAACUGUGUUUAAUCUGCCCUGAACUUCGCAGACACUGCUAGCAAAGUGCUUCAUUCUAAGCAAGUGCUGAAAACACCAAACUGCUUUGGCUCGGCUCAGCUUUUCAGAAAGGACCUUUGGCUAUAGUCUGACACACACACACACACACACAAAGACAAGCACUCGUACACAAACACUCCCCCACACACAGAUGUGUAACACACACACGCGCAUACACACACACACUGCUGUAUACAUGCACGCUCAAACACACACAUACUUGUUCACACACGCAGAAUACAAAUGUGACUACAUGUUUACCAACCGAAGAUACAGGUGUGUAUCUUGACAUUCGUGAGCGUUUCUGCUACGCCUCGUGCCGCGGAGACCUCUCGAGUGCAGUUCUCUGUCAGGGGGAGCUCUUUUCUCUGGAAGAGGCGGUUUGAAUGUGAGGCAGGCGUGCGUGCGGGCGAUCAAGCGAGCGGACGUAGCCCUGGCUGCAGGCAGACGCAGAGUCCACUUCCUGUCGAGUUUAUUUUUCCUCAAACCAUUUGUCUCAUGACCUUUAAUAAAAGUUCCAUUUCUAAUUUUA